UCAGUGUGUUUCCUGUGUGUUUCAGCUCACGUGGAGAAUGAGGAGCAGUACAUUCAGUCCUUGGAGAAGUUCGGAGACAACUGUGUCUGCAGGGAGGACGCCGAGGUCGGCUCCGCCUUCCUCAAGUUCGCCGUUUUCACCAAAGAGCUGACGGCGCUCUUCAAGAACCUGAUGCAGAACAUGAACAACAUCAUCACGUUUCCUCUGGACAGUCUGCUGAAGGGCGACCUGAAGGGCGUCAAAGGGGAUCUGAAGAAGCCGUUUGACAAAUCCUGGAAGGACUACGAGACCAAACUAGCAAAGAUUGAGAAGGAGAAGAGGGAGCACGCCAAGCAGCACGGGAUGAUUCGCACCGAGUUCAGCGGAGGAGAGAUCGCCGAGGAGAUGGAGAAGGAGAGACGACUCUUCCAGCUACAGAUGUGCGAGUAUCUCCUCAAAGUCAACGAGAUCAAAGUGAAGAAAGGUGUCGACUUCCUCCAGAACCUCAUCAAGUAUUUCCACGCUCAGUGCAAUUUUUUUCAGGACGGACUGAAGGCUGUGGAGAGUCUGAAACCUUCUGUGGAGAAACUGGCGACCGACCUGACGGCGAUUAAACAGACUCAGGACGGAGAGAGGAAACAGCUGACUCAGCUCCGAGACGUCCUGAAGGCGUCUCUGCAGUCUGAGCAGAAAGAGGACGCUCAGGCCAAACAGAACGCAGGUUACAGCCUCCACCAGCUGCAGGGAAACAAGGCUCACGGCACUGAACGCUCCGGAGUCCUCUACAAGAAAAGUGAGGGACUCAGGAAGGUGUGGCAGAAAAGGAAGUGCUCGGUGAAGAACGGUUUCCUGACCAUCUGCCACGGCACGGCUAACAGACCUCCAGCCAAACUCAACCUGCUCACCUGUCAGGUGAAGAGGAAUCCAGACGAGAAGAAGAGCUUCGACCUUUUCUCACAUGACAGGACGUAUCACUUCCAAGCCGAAGACGAAGCCGAGUGUCAGAUCUGGGUGUCGGUGCUGCAGAACAGUAAAGAAGAGGCGCUGAACAAAGCGUUUAAAGGCGACCAGGACGAAGGAGAGAACAACAUUGUGCAGGAGCUGACCAGAGCCAUCGUAGGAGAGGUGAAGAGGAUGAGUGGCAACGACAGCUGCUGCGACUGUGGAGCUUCAGGUCCCACCUGGCUGUCCACCAACCUGGGGGUGCUGAUCUGUAUCGAGUGCUCGGGGAUCCACAGGGAGAUGGGGGUCCACUACUCCAGGAUCCAGAGUCUGGACCUGGACGUCCUGGGGACCUCCGAGCUGCUGUUGGCGAAGAACGUGGGAAAUGCCAGUUUCAACGAGAUCAUGGAGGCAGAUCUGUCGGUGCAGGGCGUCACCAAACCUAGUCCGUCCAGUGACAUGCAGAUGAGGAAGGAUUACAUCACAGCGAAGUACACGGAGAAACGCUUCGCCCAGCGACUUUGUGCGGACGCUGCGUCCAGACUGCAGGUUCUGUACGAGGCCGUCAGGAACAGGGACAUCCUGUCUCUGAUCCAGGUCUACGCCGAGGGGGUGGACCUGAUGGAGGCCAUCCCACAGCCCAACGAACAUGAACCUGGAGAGACGGUGCUCCACCUGGCCGUCCGCAUGGUCGACAGAAACUCCCUCCACAUUGUUGACUUCCUCGCCCAGAACAGUGGUAACCUGGACAAGCAGACGGCAAAAGGAAGCACAGCACUGCAUUACUGCUGUCUGACGGACAACAGCGAGUGUCUCAAACUGCUGCUGAGAGGAAAAGCUUCAGUGUCCAUCACAAACGAAGCAGGCGAGACGCCGCUGGACAUCGCCAAACGUCUGCGACACACUCUGUGUGAAGAACAGCUGACUCAGGCUCAGACUGGAAAGUUUAACGUCCACGUUCACGUCGAGUACGAGUGGCGUCUCCAGAAUGACGACAUGGACGAGAGCGAGGACGAGAUGGAGGACAAGCCCAUCCCGAACCGCCGUGAGGAGCGUCCGGUCAGCUGCUUCGUGCCGGGCAGUGGCCCCAUACAGCCCAACCUGGCGGCGUUGGCCCGAGACGCCGCCUGCCUGGUGCGGGACAAACAGAGGCCUCAGGUCCCCAGUAUGAUGAUCAGCAACGAGACCUACGGCACCAUGUUGGACCUCAACCUGCCGCCGGGACCAACACCCCCACUGCCGCCCAGAGGACCCAACAGAGGUUCAGGACACGGUAAACCUGCUGCCAUGGAAACAGUCGGGAGACAGCGGUCGUCCUCCGACCCCCCCAACCCUCUAACCCCUGAGAGGAACUCCUCCAUGUACGUGCUCCCAGCAGGUCCUCCUCCUCCAGUAAACAAGAGGUCCAGUAUGUUGGAGACCAAGACCGUGUCAGCCAGGAACACGCCCCUCCCUCCUCUGCCACCCCCACCAACAGCUGGACUCCCCCCAGUCUUCCCAGUACCUCCAAUCCCCCCACCACCCACCAUCCCACCACCACCCCACUACAAAGCUCCGCCCCAUCCUCCACCAGUCCCCCUUCACCAGACCAGUAGACCUCCAGGACCACCAGUACCACCAGGUCCCAAGUCCCCUAAAUCACCCUCUGGAUCAGUGAAAACUCCUCCUCAGAGACCUCCAGUCAGGACGGCGUCUGUGGACAAACGAGGGUCUCAGUCCAAAUCCCCACAAACUCCAAUGCCUCCGACGCCCAAACCCAGAAGCACUUUCUCCAAGCAGAAGCCUCAGAGGGUGAAGGCCAUCUACAACUGUAACGCUGAUAAUCCAGACGAGCUGACGUUCGCUGAGGGAGAGGUGAUCGUGGUGGAGGGGGAGGAGGACAGCGAGUGGUGGGUCGGUCACGUUGAAGGAGACCCGAGCAGGCGAGGAGUGUUUCCUGUCACCUUCGUUCACUUCAUCACAGAGUGACGUCAGGUUCACACCUGCGCUCCGCUCACCUGGAGCCGAAACAUCCAGGACAAAGACUCACAGUGAUCCGCCUGAGAGACGAACACGACUGCAACUCAAAAACACUGAAGCUGCUUUAUUUUAAUGUUCCGGCUUCUGUCAGAUUUUCCCUCUCACAUGUUUUACAUUUACAAACUCACCUGUGACUCCACCUUUACAAACUCACUGAACUGUAUUUUAAAUUUUAGACAAGAUGACAAAGUUUCCCAGGAGAUCCUAAAUGUGUCAGGAUGAGUUUGUUUCAAAGGAUCCAGCAGACAAAAAAGAAACUUGGUUAAGUUUGAAUAUCGAGCUUCAUAUAAACAUCUACACUGAGUGGCUGCAGCGACCCUCUGCUCCUGGUUUAACUCCUUAAAUCUAAUGAAAAGAAACGUUAGUGCUGCACACAGAAUCACCUGACAGACAGCAGUGUUCCUCGGUGCAGUAGAGCAGCUCCUGUUUCCCAGUUAGUGUGUGAAGAAUGGACUGGUUCCUGACCUCACCACCUUUGGGAUGAACUGGAACGUCACCUGUGAGUCAGACCUGAUCACCAUCGUCAGUGUGACGCUCUGCUGUCUGAACGCUUCAACAUCCCACUGAAACCCGAGGCUGUGAAUGCAGCACAUAUAUGAGUACUGUUAAACAGAGUCUGCUGGUAUCAAACCUGUGACGUUACAGCCCCAAAAAUACUCUGAUGUGUUUGUUAUUGUUUAUGUCUCUGGUAGAAAUUAUUAAUUUUAACCUGUUGGCUGAAGGGAAACUUUUGAUUUUCUCGUACUUUCAUUUUCUUAUAACGCUCAAUGUCAUUAAAACACCUGAAAUUACGCCUGUAACG